AUACCCACCCCAUAGCCUAAACUCUCUCAUUCAUAUUUUUGGUUUGCCAUUCCUCUCUCUCUCUCUCUCUCUUGUUUUGCCGCCAUCCCCCAUCCCUUUCCCUCAUUCAAAGCCUUCUUUUCUUGCAUUUCCGGCCUUUUAGUUUAUUCCCCCAAAAUCAAUUUUUUUUCUUGAUUCCUUCAACCAAACAUACACCAUCUUGCAUCAAAAGAUCAGACCAGAAAACCCUUUAAUUGCCACCAAGUUUGUUCUUCUUUUUCUCUUGGUAUAUUCAAGGGGGGUUAGUUUAGAAAUGGGGGUUUCGAAGAAGCAUCAAGUGGAGGGAGGCAAGGAGUCGGAGGGCAAGAAAUGGGUUAUCGCCGGAAUCGCUAUCCGGGCUCCUCUGAAACCCAUAUCAACAAAGCCGCCGCCGCCCAUAGUAGAGGAGAGUGAAGAGUCGUCGGAGAAUGAAUGCUCGACGACUCCGACGGCCAGGGGUUCACGGAUACCGGAGAAGCUUCCUUGCCCGCCGGCUCCCAGAAAACGCCGGCCGGCGAACUCAACCUGUCAUUACAACGGCGCCCGGGACUUCUUUAUUCCGCCUGACCUCGAAUCGGUAUUCAUACGCCAUGUGGAGAGAGCAAAUUAAAUCUAUUAAGCCUCAAGAAGAUGAAGAAGAAGAAGAAGAAGAAGAAGAAGAAGAAGAAGAAGAAGUAGGUAGUUUAGAGUUUAGAGGUUGAGAAUUAAGAUGAUGGUAAUCUUGUAAUAUACAAAUACUGUAUUCUAUGAAAUAUUUAGUUUAGGCACUACUGCUAGUGUAGCUUAUAAGCUGUUUUCCCUUAAUUAACAAAAAAAAAAAAAAAGUUUUUCCCAAUUUCUGCAGUUUGCUGUUGCCUCUUUUCCGUUGGAGUUUUUGUU